GAGGUUCUUUCCGGUCAGCUCCCCACGGGACUCGUAGUUUGGUCUCACAGCAUGGAUGGGCUCCAGCCCAGCGUGGGGCAGUUGAGGCGCGGGCGGGUCAGGCGCCGGCGCCAGCCCCAGCCCCACAGCGGGUCGGUCUUGGCUCUGCCCUUGAGGCCCAGGAAGGUCCGGAGGCAGCUGAGGAGAAAUGGCGCGUCCCGCGUGGCUGCACUGAGGGCUCCGGCGCCGCCGGGCGAGGAUUCCGAGGACUCGCGAGUGGAGCCGACGGCCGACGGCGCGGGGGCGGCGCUGCCUAGCGGGCCUGCGGCUGCAGCCGUCUGGGACACGGGCCGGCGGGAGCCGCGUGGCCUGCGGGGGUCGGCAGAGCUGCUGGAGGCCUCGCCUGCCGCGCGCCUGGGGCUGGCCCCGGCCGAUCCCGCGGCCCUCCGCGGCGCUGCUCAGCACUUCGCGGCCAGCGCUCCGCCCGGGACGCUGUCGGGCCCGCAGGUGGACGAGGCGGGAGGGGAGCUCCCCCGGGACUCCCCGCUGCAGCGCAUCCUGGCGGAGCUGAACCGCAUCUCCAGCAGCCGGCGGCGGGCGGCGCGCCUCUUCGAGUGGCUUAUCGCGCCCGUGCCGCCAGACCAUUUCUACCGGCGCCUUUGGGAGCGGGAGGCGGUGCUGGUGCGGCGGCAGGAUCACGCCUACUACCAGGGCCUUUUCUCUACGGCCGACCUGGACGCCAUACUUCGCCAGGAGGAGGUGCAGUUUGGGCAGCACCUGGACGCCGCGCGCUACGUCAACGGGCGCCGCGAGACCCUAAACCCACCGGGUCGCGCCCUGCCCGCCGCGGCGUGGUCCCUGUACCAGGCCGGCUGCUCUUUGCGCCUCCUUUGUCCGCAGGCUUUCUCUGCCACCGUCUGGCAGUUUUUGGCGGUGCUCCAGGAACAGUUUGGAAGCAUGGCAGGCUCCAAUGUUUACCUCACUCCCCCCAACUCGCAGGGCUUUGCCCCUCACUACGAUGACAUCGAGGCUUUUGUGCUGCAGCUGGAAGGUAGGAAACUCUGGCGUGUCUACAGACCUCGCGUUCCAACUGAAGAACUGGCCUUGAUAUCUAGCCCCAACUUCAGCCAGGAAGAUCUUGGCGAGCCGGUGCUUCAGACUGUGUUGGAAUCUGGAGAUUUGCUCUAUUUUCCUCGGGGCUUCAUUCAUCAAGCAGAAUGCCAGGAUGGGGUGCACUCCCUGCACCUCACUUUGUCUACAUACCAGCGCAAUACCUGGGGUGACUUCGUGGAAGCCGUCCUGCCUCUGGCAAUUCAGGCUGCAAUGGAAGAAAACGUGGAAUUUCGGAGGGGUCUGCCCCGAGACUUCAUGGAUUACAUGGGAGCCCAGCAUUCAGAUUCAAAAGAUCCUCGAAGAACUGCUUUCAUGGAAAAGGUGCGGGUCUUGGUUGCCCGCCUGGGACACUUUGCUCCUGUUGAUGCUGUGGCUGACCAGCGAGCCAAAGACUUCAUCCACGAUUCUCUGCCCCCGGUGUUGACUGAUAGGGAGAGAGCACUAAGUGUUUAUGGGUUGCCAAUUCGCUGGGAGGCUGGAGAACCUGUAAAUGUGGGGGCCCAGCUGACAACAGAAACAGAAGUCCACAUGCUGCAGGAUGGCAUAGCUCGGAUGGUGGGCGAGGGAGGCCAUUUGUUCCUCUAUUACACGGUGGAAAACUCUCGUGUUUAUCAUCUGGAGGAACCUAAGUGCUUGGAAAUAUACCCCCAGCAAGCUGAUGCUAUGGAACUCUUGCUUCGCUCCUACCCAGAAUUUGUAAGAGUAGGAGAUCUGCCGUGUGACAAUGUGGAAGACCAGCUUUCUUUAGCAACCAUGUUGUAUGAUAAGGGGCUGCUGAUCACCAAGAUGCCUCUAACUCUAAACUAGUUUCUUGUUGAUGGUUGAAAUAUUGCAGAACUGAUUCUCUACUGCCAUUGUCACUUUUUUAAAAAGAAAAAUUCCUUACCUUGAUAAUCACCAGUGUGGUCAUACAUACCUUUAUGACUGCUUCAGUGUUACAGAUCUCAGAUGGUCUUCUAGAAAGAACCAUUUCAUCUAGGUAAAAAAUUAAAAGCAGAAAUUAGAGGAAAAACAAACUUUUUUUUUUUUUUUUGACAAAUAACCUUGAUCCCUGAUCAUUUCAGAACACCAACUUCAUCCUCCUCAGCCUUCAGGGUACUGUGUAACACUGACUGGGUCAUACUGCUUGACACAUUCGAAGUUUUUUGCAAGUGCAUUUUUCAUUUGAGUUUUUUCAUCAGGUUUUUUGGGGGGAGAGAGGGCUUGGGAUUGGUAUGCUGUUUGUUAUUAUGUUUCUAUGACUAUUAGAAGAGUUAUUAAAGUGACAAGAAAUGUUUUCUUUUUCUAAG